AUGGGGAUUGAGGUGGAUAGAGCAAAGGUUGACACUAUAGCCAAAUUACCACCUCCAACAAAUGUAAAAGGGGUGAGAAUCUUUCUAGGCCAUGUGGGAUUUUAUCGACGUUUCAUUAAAGACUUUUCAAAGAUCACAAGGCCCUUGACUCAACUUCUUUUGAAGGAUGCCCCAUUUGAAUUUUCUAAAGAAAGUCUUGAUGCAUUUCACUUGUUGAAGGAAAAGUUAACUAUUACACCUAUUAUGAUAGCCCCAAAUUGGAGUCUACCUUUUGAGCUAAUGUGUGAUUCUAGUGACUAUGCGGUGGGAGCUGUUUUGGGACAAAGAAUUGACAAGCUUUUUCAGCCGAUCUACUAUGCAAGCAAGACCUUGAACCCAACACAAGAGAACUACAAUACUACCGAGAAGGAGCUAUUAGCAGUGGUUUACGCAUUCGAUAAAUUACGUCCAUAUUUGGUUUUGUCAAAAACAAUAGUUUUUACCGACCAUUCUGCCCUUAAAGAUAAAAAUGGGAUGGAAAACGUGGCUGUUGAUCAUUUAUCGAGAUUGGAGAACCCGGACUUGGAGGAGUUAGAAGAAAACAAGAUUGGAGAUGAAUUUCCCGAAGAAUAUCUAUUGGUUAUAGCAGGAGAGAUACCAUGCUUUGUUGAUGGUAAGAUAAGAAGAUGUGUAUUCGGGAAGGAAAGUCGGGAAAUAUUGAAGCAUUGUCAUAGCGGGCCCACUAGAGGACAUCAUGGAGCGCAAUAUACGACUAAAAAGGUUUUUGAUACGGGUUUUUACUGGCCUACUAUUUUUAAGGAUGCUACUAAAUUUGUCAAGGAAUGCGAUUCAUGUCAAAGGUCGGGAAACAUUUCAUCACGAAACGAGAUGCCCAAAAAUAGCAUUCAAGUUUGUGAGAUAUUUGAUAUUUGGGGGAUUGACUUCAUGGGACCUUUCCCAAUGUCAAAGGGUAAUAAAUACAUAUCGGUGGCUAUCGAUUAUGUAUCCAAGUGGGAAGAAGCACAAGCAUUACCCACGAACGAUGCUCGAGUGGUGGUACGUUUCCUUAAAAAGUUAUUUUCAAGGUUGGUUUAUGGGAAGAUUUGUCACUUUCCAGUUGAAAUAGAGCAUAAAGCAUUUUGGGCUUUGAAGAUAUGUAAUUUUGAGCUAGCUGAACUUCGUACAAACCGGUUAAUGCAAAUGAAUGCCCUUGAAGAACUUAGAAACGAAGCAUAUACAUUGAUUUAUAAAGACAAGACUAAGAAAUGGCAUGAUAUGAGGCUUAAGAGUAAUAAAGACUUUCAUGAGGGACAAAAGGUGCUACUUUUCAAUUCAAGGUUGAAACUUUUUCCAGGUAAAUUACAAACAAGGUGGGACGGGCCAUUUGUUGUCAAACAAUUUUUCCCACAUGGAGCUAUUGAGCUUAUAUCAAGAGACGAAACCCCUUUCAAAGUUAAUGGGCAUCGAGUGAAGCAUUACGAAGAAGGAAUGCCAAGUGAAGAAAGAGAGGGUGGAAUCAUCAAAUUCACACGAGCUGAGACAACGUAA